GCCAAAUACCACUAUGAUUCUCCUUCCAGAUGAAAUUAUCGUGAAUAUAUUCAAAUACCUUUCAUCUAAAGAAACUAUAAAAUUGAUAAAGAAGCUUGAAUGGGAUCCACGCUUCACGGCAAUAGUAGAUUUGCUAUAUCAAAGAUUGUAUCAUGGAAGACUAUUGAUUAUAAAUGAAGAUCCAAAGCAGAAAUUUGAAAGCGAUUAUGAGCUUACUGUUGAUUCUUUUGAAGAUAUGUUUACAUCUACGACUCAUGAGCACUCACUUUUCCGCACUAUACGACCUAACUAUGUGGAAUUCAAAUUUUCAAGAAAUGCCAGUGAUUACAGGACUUUUAUAAACACCUUAUACAAGUUUCACACUUUAUUAACCAGAGGGAGUCUCGAAGUUCAAGAUUAUUUCGAAAAUUUGAUCUUGCAGGUAAACUUCUACAUUGAUGCCAAUCUAGUGCUAAUUGAAAACCCAAAUACCCUUACCACUAUCAUUAUCAAGAUCUUGUUAGAAUUAAGUGACAAUAUCCAUUUGGUUAGUAAAAUUAAAGAAUUUACAAUCAAAUGCACUGAUAUAGGAGCAUUUUAUCAAUCCAAAUGGUCAAAUUAUUUGUCACGAUUUACAUCUUUGGAAUAUUUGGAUUUACUGCAAAAUUUAUUACAAUCUAGUAAUUACCAAGAACAAGAAUUUGAUAUUUGGGGCAAGGAAAAGAAAUUCCCCGAUGGUCUAAAAGAAUUAAAGUUAGAUUUUAAUAUGUUUACUGAAAUAACCAAGGAAUUCAUAACCAAGUUACCAAAUCUGUUACAAUCAUUGCUGUUGAAUUAUAAUACAAUAGAGAUGAUUGAACCAUGUUCAAUUGGUGUUUUGUUACCUAAUCUUAAAUGCCUUGAUUUGAAUUACAAUAAUUUAACUGCAUUGGAACCUAGUAUAUUUAAAGAUUGUGCCCGUGGAUUUGAUUUGCGAUUAAAGGCAAGUCAUUUGGAUGAUACUACAGUAGAUCAAUUGAAAAUACUUGCUAAAAAAAACGGAUAUAAAGUGACCUUUUAGAAGUUGAAGCACAUAUAAUAGCGUAGUGCUUAUCUGGUUGAAUAUUAUAUAGAGUUAGGUUAUUAUUGAAACUUUACUUAAGC